AUGAGCGCCGCCGAGGAAACCAAGCCCAUCGAGGCUGUCGCCGCUGAGGCACCUGCCCAGGCUGAGGAGCCCGCGAAGGUCGAGGAACCUGCCAAGACCGAGGAGCCUGCGAAGACCGAGGCCGAGGCCAAGCCUGAAGAGAGCGAGGCGAAGCCCGAGGAGAAGAAGGAGGAGCCUGAGGUCCUCAAGACGACUGCAAAGAUCGACGAUAAGAACCACUCGAACAACGUCAAGUUUGAUGCUUCGCUCCUCAAGGAGACAGAUGACCCGGCGGAGAUCCGCAAGCAGGUCGAGUUCUACCUGUCAGAUAGCAACUUGCCCCAUGACAAGUACCUGUGGGAGCUCACUGGUGGCUUCGAAAACAAGGCCAUUCCCCUCAAGACCAUCACCUCCUUCAAGCGCAUGCGCCGCUUCCAGCCUUACUCCGCCGUUGUCGCUGCUCUUAAGGAGAGCCCCGCCCUCGUGAUCGCUGGCGAGGAGGGAGAGGAGACGAUCCAGCGCAAGCAGCCUUACACCCCUGGUAACGAUAGGUUCAACGCUCGCUGCGUCUACGUCAAGGGCUUCGGCGACGAGGAGCCCUCUACUCAGUUCGACCUUGAGGCCUUCUUCACCAAGUUCGGCCCCAUCAACUCUGUCCGUCUCCGCCGUACCCAGGAGAAGCUCUUCAAGGGCUCCGUGUUCGUCGAGUUCCCCGAUGAGGAGGCCGCUCAGAAGUUCCUCGCCCUCGACCCCAAGCCCAAGUGGAAGGAGCACGACCUGAAGAUCAUGCCCAAGACCGAGUACGUCAAGGAGAAGAGCGCCCUCAUCCACGCUGGCAAGCUCGAGCCCAACACGUCGCGCCGCUUUUUUGAGGGCAAGGAUGGCAAGGAUGGCAACCGCAGGGGUGGCCGUGGCGGCAACAACAACAAGGACAACUGGAGGGAGCGCCGCGACAACGACCAGAAGAACGGCUUCAGGGGAGGCCGUGGAGGUCGCGGUGGCCGUGGAGGUCGUGGCAGAGGCCGUGGCGGUGAUCGCCGGGGUGGACGUGACAACGAGAACCGCAGGGAUCCCAAUGAGCGCGGCAACGACCGCAACGCCGGCAAGCCUACCAUUCAGGCCACGAACGACAAGGGCGAGCCCGUCGCGGAAGACAAGAACAGCAACGGCAAGCGCGCCCGUGAAGAUGACGGAGCCGCUGCUCAGCCCGAGGCGAAGAAGGUCGACACCAAGACUGAGGUCGCCGCAUAG